AUGACUCAGCUCCACAAUGAGUUCUCUUCUAGACACUUUACACACUUUAACUCACAACUGAUUAGGCAGGAUCAGCUCGUUCUCAAAGCCAGAACUUACUGCCACUCUACUAUCACAAACCCUUCAAAUAUUGGACCUGAAUACAAAAAUAUAAAAACCAAAAAGUACUUAAAAAUGUUGAUCAAUUUUGUGGGUGCUUGGAUCAGCCCAUUGUACCAUCUAGUGAUUGAACUGAGUGCCAUGCCUGAUGUCCCUGAAACUAUCCUCUCAAAAGCCAAUGAGAUUGAAGAGAACAACAGGGAGCUCCUGGAUGACCUUAGGUGGAUACUCACCAAGGUUUAUCCUACAGCAAAGAUGAAGAAAUUAUUUCCUAGCUGGGAACAUCUUCCAUCCAUAAAAUCAACUGACAAAAAUUAUCAAUUUUUGGCAAUAUUUAACCUUUCCCAUUGCCUACGUGUGGAUAUAUUCUACACUAAAUUUCAUCUCAGAACAUUGAAAUGUCGCAUAACUGGGAAAGAUUGCUAA